AUGACUUCAGUCACGCCCUGGAUCCGAAAAAAUCCUCCAAAAGGCAAUGCGUAUCCGAACGAAACUAUGCGCCGUCAAACAUGGUUCCAGAGUCAAUUAGCUCGUCCAUUCUCGGAGACAGCUCACCCAGGUGGAGAUAUCGUCGGCGAUAUGGAAGGAAUAGAGAUUGUCCCAGAAGAUAAAACAGCAGCUGCAAAUCAGCCGACACGUCAUUCCACUUCUAGUUUUGCUGGUGUCAAAGGAAAUGGAGAGCCCAUCAUCUAUGUACACAUAGAUCCACCUAGCGGAUGGAAGGUCGGCAGUUGGGAUCCAACGUUCAACGGAAUGACUCCACAAGUCUACCAUGAUGGCAAAUACUCGCGAGCCACUAUGGACGAAACGGCCAUCUAUUUGGAUACAGCCCUCUCAAUCCAGAGGCGUGGAAGAUUAUGGGGCGCUGCCGAAGAUCUAAAGAGAUUCCAAAUCGUUGGUCCCGCCGCUAGCAAAGUCCAGGACUUGGCGGCAUCUGAAUAUCUCCACAACCUGCUCGGUCUGACACCCGGAAGAGCUUCUCCAGGACUCCAAAACUCCAUCAAUUACGUCUCUGGUGGAAGGAUUCUGAUCCAGGAACCGCCAACUGUGCUAGUAAGGUAUGGCGGUCGAAUAUUCCGCGUAACCAGAAAACCGGAUGGUAGCUAUACAAAAACUCUGUAUGGUAUCACCGGACACGGUGCCAUGUCCGAUGCUAUCGCUACAGCAGCUUUAGGUAAAUUGGAGGACCAUUUCCGUGCAGAUUGUCAAUCUGGUGUCUAUAAGUGGAUUCCAUCGGAUCCAAACGAUCUGUCAGCACAGUGGAACUCCGAAAUGGGUACACCAGCUCCAACUCCCGGACGUCGUGGCCAAUAUGAGCGUCCUGCCGAUAUCGGAUCACCCAUGAUCCUUGUCGGAAAGACGCUCGCCGAAGCCAAUCCUCCGAUCCACAAAUACUCAGCAGCUAUACUGUCUAUCACGCCAUUCAAACGCGCUGGCCGCAACGAUAUCAUCCGAGACCUUGAGGAUGCUGGAUAUGAAGUAGCUUUCGGAAUUCGGAACAGGCUGUAUACCAUGCUGUAUCUGAAAGACGAAAAUCUGAUAGCCGCAGCCAUCGACCAUCUGCAUCAAGCAGUCCAAAAUCCCGACUCAUCCGUUGCCACACUCUAUACCCAUCACCAGAAUGUAGCCUUCUUCUCUGGUUCCAUUGACAGAGGUCAGAUCAACAUUCAUGGAGAUAUAACCCGAUCUGUUCUGUUCAGGAUUCUGUCGGCUAAACACGGAAAUCUAUUGGAAGGUAAAGCCGAUCUCCCUCGCCAUUUCAAGCUCCGACUCAAGUCCAAGGUCACCAGACUCAAUGCUACUUUCCAUCCGCCAAAGCUAGAACCCGUUCCAGACCUCACUAAAAUCUCCAAUUGGGGUGGUCCGUUCGGCGGCAUCACCCUCGAUAGCUCCGCCAGUCCACUUAGUCACCUCCGUAUAGGUCAACAGCCUAUCGGGUUAGCCAAGCUCCAACAUAAAGUGGAACAGAGGAUUCAUUGUCUGAAAGCUCAAGCGGAUAUUCUUGUGGCCGGAAUCAAGCGAAAAUCUACCCCAAAGUAUACUACAGCUGAUGGAGGUAGACCUUGGGUAAUUUGGCCGCAUUCACCAUUAGAUACAGGACCUGUUACUGGAAUGCCAUCAUAUAUGGAAGGUACGACAGAGUUUCAGUGGUUGUCCGAAAAACGCUCAGCAUUCCGACAACCUACGGAGAACAUGGAUAAAUCCACAAGUCAAUCUGCGAUCAUAUCUGCUCCAAUCACCGCUAAUCUGAAGACACUGACCGCUGUUCCGGCCAUCACCUCCACGAUCCUCAUUCCACCUGAUACUGGCUCAAACGUCACCGGAAUUCCAUGGGAGUUCAUUACCUCUGCGAAAGGUGUUCUGCCCAGAACAUAUGUUCCACGCGUACAAGAUUGGCUCCGUUAUGCUCACGAUCGGAAGGUCGUACCCGGAACAAGGUCGCAUCCGUCUUGGACACCAAAGGAUCUGGUUGGGAGUUCCCCAGAUAUAGAUGGAUACCGAGUAAGUUGGAGUAAUAUUAAUGGAGGUUACAGCGUUUUCGGAAAAGGCAAUACCCGAGGCGGAAGAAAGAUGUACUUCAGAUUAGAGAACCAUCUAAUUCUCUUCGCAUGCCACAAUGACGUUAUCAGAUCUUGGCUCAUCAAUAGAUUCCAACAAGCAGUGACAGAUCCUGAAUGGAUCAUUUUCAGACCAGACAUACAGCGUGUGCUGUCGAAUCUGCUCACAGUCGAUCAGCGAGUCCGAUCUGGCUACCGUCCAGUAUCAGCUCCAGCUCCAGAAUCAGCUCCAGCUCCAGAAUCAGCAUCAGCUCCAGUAUCAGCUCCAGCUCCAGAAUCAGCAUCAGCUCCAGAUUCAGCUCCGGCUGCAGAUUCAGCUCCAGAUGCAUCAGCUCCAGAUCCAGCUCCCACUGCAGAUCCAGCUCCAGAUCCAGCUCCGGCAUCAGCUCCGGCAUCAGAAUCAGCAGCAGAUUCAGCUCCAGAUUCAGCUCCAGCUCCAGAUUCAGCUCCAGCUCCAGAAUCAGCAGCAACAGCUCUCCAGGUCGCCUCAGCAUCAGGCCCAGCUCAACCUACCUCGUCCGAUCGAAAGAAUGCAGCUUCGACAUCCAACCCUGUUCUGCAUCCUCACCAGAUACCUCUGCCUGAAUCGGAAAACUCCAGCACCAUCAGCAGUGGAUAUGAAGAUAGCAACUACUAUUCUGAGUAUGACUCUGAGUUAGAGCAAAUGAUAGAAGUGCAUCAUAGAGCUGUAGCUGAGCAGCAAGGUAUCAUUCAGAGUUAUCUGUUCGAUAGAUACGGUGUAGAUCCGGCUAUUAUCAGAAAAUUAAAAGGCAAAUCCAAAGCCGACCAAGUCUAA